AAUUGCUUUGUUGCAUGGGAAAGUGUUUUGCGGGACAUGCAGGGAUGGCUUUGCAUUAAAUGUAUGCCAAUUCAUGCAUGGAAAAUUCCUUGCAGAUCCAAAGUUCAUCCGGAAGAUGUCAUAGCAGGUCCUUCCAAUGGAGUAGGGGUAGACUUUCUCAUUCAUGUGCUGAGAAACCACUUGUUGUGAUUCCUGAUGCAAUUGACAAUGCUGAGCCGAGUUCAGUUGAUGACGAAGCUGCAGGUCUCACGGUGGAUUUACUUAACAAAAUUUUGCAGAAGCAGAUUGUCACGACUGUUAGCAUUCCACCACAUUGCAGGUUACUUUUCUCUCGCACUCUGAAAUCUGACUUUGAUGCUAUUCUUUCCAAUCCGAUGAAUCUUGCUUCUUGUAUUCGUUUACUUUUAUUACCUGCCUGCACAUUACACUUGUAUGUGCCUAAGAACUCCAGGGAGGAACGUUCUGGAUGUAGAAGGAAGCUACAGGCAGCUGCAAUCGACACAGCUUUGCGGCCACCGGGUAAGAAAAAGAAGAACAAGAAUUUGAUGGCCUGUACAAGGAAGAUGAGUCAUGGUCAUUACAAUGCAGAUGUCCGUAUUCUUUCGUCUGAUGGCAUUGCCCCUCCAACUCGGGAUACUCUUUUUGAACUUCAACAAAAGUACCCCUUUGAUCGGCCCCCUGUUAUACCAAGUGAAGAUAUCUCAGCACCAGCAUUAUCUGUUGUGGUGAAGGAUGUUCUUGCUGCUAUCAAAAGCUUUCCUAAAGGCACUUCUUGUGGAAGGGACGGUCUUAGGGCUCGGCAUUUGUUAGACGCUAUGAGUGGUACCGGUGCUGUUGUUGCUGACGACUUGUUGGUGACUAUUACUGCGUUGUUAAACUCUGGCUUGCAGGUAAAUGCCCUCCUACUCUUGGUGAGUUUGUAGCUGGUGCUCCCUUAACUCCCUUACUCAAACCCGGCGGUGGGUUGAGGCCAAUUGUUGUUGGCACCAUAUGGCGCAGGCUAUGUUCGAAACUAGCCGCCACUUCUGUUUAUAAGGAAAUGACAACUUACUUGGAGACUUAUCAGUAUGGUGUUGGCAUUCCUUGUGGUUGGGAGGGUAUUUUGCACUCUGCCAAUAGGUUAUUGGAGUUGAAAGGGGAAGAUAAUACAAAGACUAUGUUGUUGAUAGACUUUUCAAAUGCAUUCAAUCUUGUUAGUCGAUCCACUAUAAUUCGGGAACUGAGAACUCAUUGUCCUAGCAUCUCUUAUUGGGUAGAGUUUUGUUAUUCGAAACCAACCAGGCUAUACUACCAGGAUCGUGUUCUUUAUUCGGCUUUAGGUGUUCAACAGGGUGAUCCCCUUGGUCCCCUAUUAUUUGCUCUAGUUCUUCAUCCACUUGUUGAGAAGAUUUCCGCUAGUUGCACUUUAGACCUACAUGAUUGGUACUUAGAUGAUGGCACCAUUGCAGGGGAUACCAUAGAGGUAUCUAGAGCUCUAAAAAUUCUCCAAGAAGAUGGUCCUAGAUGUGGUUUGCAUUUGAACAUCACGAAGACGAAAAUAUUUUGGCCUUCUUAUGAUCCGAGAAGAGAUGUGGAUAAUGUCUUCCCUACCAAUAUUGGCAAGCCGGUGGGUGGUGUUAAACUUCUUGGUGGCCAAGUCAGUUUGGAUAUGGAUUUUUGCAGUGGCAUUGUUUUAAACAGGGUGGAUAAAACCAUACAAUUCGUGAAUAAAAUUCAAGAAUUGCACGACCCCCAGUGUGAACUCUUACUUUUGCGUAGUUGCACUGAGGUCUCUAGGUUAUAUUUUGCUCUUCGUACAACAUGCCUUGAGGCGCUUCAGAUUGCUGGAUCUCGUUUUGAUGAACAUCUUAUGUGUUAUCUACGUCAAUUAGUGGUUGGAGAUGGUGCUGGUUUUGGUUUGGUUCAACAACGAUUACCUACCCUUCCCAUGAAAGACGGGGGUCUUGGUAUUCUUACUAUGGCAGAUACUAUGAAGUACUGUUAUCUAGCAUCCCAAGCCCAGACUCAGCAUUUGUAGAACUCAAUUUUGAAGUUGCCACCAACAACAUAUUUUUCGCACGAUUUUCAACAUGUUCUACAGGGUUUCACUAAAGCUUGUGGUCUUCCUUUACCUGGUUUCAACAUCAAUAAUGUUGCCCCCCAUUUUAUGAAGUCUCUGGUAGUUAUUUAUUUCGGUGUUGUUAAGGAAAAGUUACCUUCUUGCUUUUCUUUAUCUGUACACGAGUCUAACAUAUGGCAAUGCAAUCGAGCAUAUCAUGCAAUGGAUUUCCUUAAAGUGGUUCCGAUACCUGGACUUAAUCAGGUAGUUGGACCAAGACAGUUCAAAUCUGUUUUGCAAUAUCGCUUGGACAUUCCUCUCUUUGAAGAAAACAGUCAGUGUCCUUGUUGCGGGAAGCUAAUGGAUGUCUUUGGAGACCAUAUUAUUCAUUGUACUAGUGAGGUGGGGCUUAAAUUUCGACAUGAUAUGGUCAAAGAUAUCUUGGCUGAUAUUUGUUAUAAGGCAAGUGUUGUAGCUAGAAAAGAAGUCUUUUUGGGGCUUGUUUCUAAUGACAACAAUGAGCUCAGGCCGGCAGAUAUCAUGGUUUACAACUGGGAAGAUGGCAGAGAUGUUUGUAUGGAUGUCAUAGGUGUCUCUCCUUUCACAAGUGCUAGGACUCGCAACUUCGCACCAGGACACGCUAUCUCUGCUGCUGUCACUCGCAAGAACAAUAAGUAUCUAAAGAAAUGUACUUCACACGGCUAUGGUUUUGGGGUACUAGCAUUUUCCACCUUUGGUGAGCUAAGUGUUGAUAUCAUAUCCUUCCUAAAGAUACUGAGAAAUUGUAUGGCUAGACACGUUGCUAAUUUUAUGUUAGGACCCCCAAGCUUGUCAACGCUAUUUGACCGGUCAAGAAACGAUCAAGAGAUGAUUACUCGUUAAUCAUUCGAUUAGUUUUACAAAGAUGUUAAUGAAUAGAAAUUAAUAUGAUAACGAUUUGGAUACGAAACUAGUACCACUAGAUAAAUCUUGAAAAGUUGGGCGAGAUGGACUGCUCGAUCGUGUCAUUCGGAUACCGGACGAGAAAGAUAUCAUCGGAUGGGUAUGAAGGGAAAAAUAGUAAUUUUAUUUUAAACCGACCUGGCACCUCAGUAAUAUUCGCUGGUCUUAUCACCAAAUGUGCCGAAGAGAAAAUCAUUUCUAUUUUCUUCUUCUCUUUCCUUCUUCUUUCUUCUUUCCCUGGUUCUUCUCUUCUCCUUUCUGUUGAUUUCAAUUUCAGAGAUUCGAACCUCUUCGGUUCGAGAAAUUCUUUUAAACCUUGUUAUCUUAAUGAACUAAGUGAGAAGACGAGGUUACCGAAGCUGAUUUAGUUCUGGAAAAGCAGAGAAGUGGUAAGUGAAAUUAGGGUUUCUGUUGAUUUGAUGUUUUGUAUAAUUUGAUGUUAAAUUAAUUGAUUAUAGUGAUGGGUUUGCUGUUAAUUGAAGUAUAGAUAGGUUUAUGGAGUUCAAUUUUAGUUUCUUAGUUAAUCAAAUCUGAAAUUAAGGUUCAUGAAAUUUAGUUUGUUUGAGUCGGAGAUUACAGAUGAAGGAGAUGAAUUGGAUAGAGAUGAGUGAAGAUGAGAAUUGUAGAACGGAAAAGAUGGAGUUGUGUUUAUAGCUUAAGUCUUGUUGAGUUACAGGGGAUGUGAAGUUUAAUUUUGAAUUGAAUUGGUGAUAUGGGUUUGCAGUGGAGAUGAAGAUGAUGUUGUAGUUGAUAUAUAUGAGUAUAAGUCUGAAAGUAGAAAGGGUUGCAGGAUGUGCAGCAGUGGAGUGAUUGGUUGUAAUGAAGUUGAUGAAACUCAAGUUACAAGAAAUAAAGAUAUUUAAGUGAGGUUUGUUUUGAUGCUGAAAUGAUUGCUGAGUUGUUUUAAAUUGUGAUAAUGAUAAUGAAGGUGAUGGUUAUGAACCAGUGCUGGUGAUAUGCAGUGGUAGUUGAAAUGGAUAUGGUUUAUGAAUUAGGUUAAGGGAAUUAGAAGAAUUAGUGUUAUAAAUGCAGGGAAGAGGUCUGAGAUACUUGGAGUGAACUAGCGAUGGGAUUGUCAGUAGAGUUGAGAAAGAGAUGUGUUGAUGUUGAGCAAGUAAACAAGAUUUCUAAUGUUGCAGAUUGAGUGUAACUGGUAGACUUAGGGGAGAUGGUACAUAGGUGGAGUUGGUGUUGGAAUUGCACAUAGUUGCUGUGGAAAUUGGCUGUGUUGAAGAUAUAAGAUGAACUAUGUAUUUUGUUAGUGGUUUGAACUGGUGGUGAUUUCUGAGGAAGGAGAAAGUUAGAAAUAUGAAUGGGUUGCUGAGGUUAAAUUGAAGUUUCAAAUACGAAGAUGGUGGACCUGAAAUGGAUAAGUUGAACUGUGGCGGUUGAGAUUGAGUUUACUUUGUUUAUAUAAAGGUGUUGUGGCUCAAGUGAAAAUGAUGUAGUAUAGAUUGUAAGGGUAAUUGUAGGUGCAUUUGGUUUAUGCUCUGAGUAUGCAUUUACAUAUGAUAUGGGGUUGUAGCUAUGGCAGUGGGAGUUGGUACUAGAGAUGGUGUUGUUUAUGUAGCUGUGAUGGCAGCUAUUGGGGGUGAAAUUGCAGUUGAAAUGUUAGUGCAGAUGGUUUUGGAGUGGUCUGUAUGAAGAGAAGUUGAGAUACUAUGUUAUUUUGAGGAUAAGAGGAUAUGGUAGAAGUUUUAUUUAAAUGUGAGGGAGUUAUGGCUUAGAACAUCUUUGUAAUGGUUGAGUCUAGACUGUAGUUGAAUUACAGAGUUGUAAGAAGAUUGAUUAUGGUUGUUGAAUGAAAUAAAAUGAAGUUGGAAUUGCAACUGUAAUUGAUGGUUGAUAUUGAAGGCUACAGUUAGAGUGGUUCUAAGAUUGUUUGCA